AUACAGAACUUGGAGCAGAACUUCAGGCUAAAAAGCCAAGCGGAGACCUGGCAGCUGUGCAGGGCAGUGAAGAGGGUAGAGUAUCAUCUCCAACAAGCAGAUAACCAUGUCUGCUUUUGACCUGACAAACCAGAGCACACGGGGUACAAGGCCCGAGAUGGACUGUGUCUUCCCACGGAUGAAACUGAGGGAUGAGACAUUUACAUUUAUUGAUGGUAAAUGGGUGAAUGAGGUGCACUGCCAGCCAACAUUUGCAUCCCAGAGGAGACUCCUUAACAAGAAGACAGAGAACGAGUGGAGCAUCUGGGAGGAGAACAGAGCCCUCUGGGAGGAAAACCAAGUCCUCCGUAUCGAAAACAGGAUGCUCUGGGAAGAAAAUAAGGCUCUGCAAUAUCUCCAGACACAGAACAAAGGUGUCCAGCUUGUUUACAGUGACAUCAUCCAGCAAAGCCUCCAGAAAGAUAAGCUGUCCUCGUUCUUCCCAGAGAGGCAUUUAGGUUUUCAGGUCAGUCCAAGCAACAAGGCUCUCCAGCUGGUCAGAGAAAGAAGCAGCUUCUUAGAGUUUUUCCAUAAGCAGAAUAGAACAGUUCCCAGCAUUUGGAAAGAUCAACCAACCUUCAUAGUCCAAGAAGAGAACAAAGGCGCCAGCUCAGUUCAGAAGGUCACUGAAUGUACCACAGCUGCGGGAGAAGGUAGCCCUGGCACAUCCUCCCAGGAGGAGCAUGAUGCCAAAGAGGAGAGCACCACGCCAACCCAGAAUGACACCAAGAUUGCACCAACCGCAGAGGAUGAUAAUGAAAUCCUUCAGGCUCUCCAUGACUUAUACCAGAUUCUCCAGGUGUUCCUCAAGGAGAAAUGUCUUGCUGAUGACAGAGACAGCCUUCACGCUCUCCAAGAUGAGAAAAAAUUCUUCCAGGAAGAGUACAAGAAAUUGAAGCUGCAGCUGAAUAACGUGAAAAACACUGUGUCAGACAUUACAACUCAACUGGAAAUGCUGGAGAAAGAGCUCAUCGCCAUCACUUUCCCAAUAUAUGAAGAAGAAGGGAAGAACAUGGCAAACGAGUUUCAACUUGGAGAGAUUUGAAGCCUGGUGCUAAACCUGCUAGUUCUGUUUCCUGGAAAGUGCCUCUCUUUGUUUCCAGGAACUUAAUAAAAUACAAGCAGAGCAUGAACUAAAAUUAAA